AUGAAAGUCUCCGUCGAACCUUACAGUCCUGACUGGCCAAAGCGAUUCCUCGAGCUCAAAGAACAACUACAGGAUAUUCUGAAAGAUGUUCCUAUUGUUUCCAUCGAGCACAUAGGGAGCACAUCUAUUCCCUCACUCCAGGCGAAACCAGUUAUUGACAUUGAUAUCAUCAUCUCACUCUCCUUGCUCGAAUCCGGAAAAAAUGCUCUCAUACAGGCGGGCUUCACUGACUGUGGAGAGAUGGGUAUAUCUGGGCGGGUCGCAUUUCGAGAGCCUGGGUAUGGAAGAUUUGACGAUGCGUACGGCGGGGGCGAGAACCUCAAAGUACGGUGCCGGUACCACACCUAUCUUGUCAUCGAAGGAUGUACGGCCUUGAGAAACCACCUUGAUGUCAGGAGAGUGUUGCUGGGAAACCCGAGCCUGCGUGAGGAGUAUGGGCAAGUUAAGAGUCAGCUGGCAGAGAAGGAACUGGAAAACAUUGACGAAUAUGUGCGCGGGAAGACUGCGAUUCUUUGCAAGAUUCUACGAGAGGCUGGGUGGAGUGAGGAAGAGCUGGAACCAGUGAUCAAAGCCAAUGAAUGA